CGCGGGGCGGAGGUUGUUCGGUGUGGCCAGGGGAGGAAACGCCAAAGACAGAGAGAAGGGAACGGAACGGAGUUCUGAUCUGAACGCCAGGCGGGUCGGAGAUCUGAGAUCGGGUCCUGCUCAUUUACGGGAGAUAUCAGCGGCCGAACGCGCACCGGAUUCACGCGCACCGGAUUCACACGCACUCGGUGGACGAACGGAAAGUGCCGCCGGUGCGCGUGCACGAUUUAUCGAAGGGACAGUGACUGAGACAUCGACGAGACCGGGAGGAGCGGAGGGAUGGUGGACAACACCGGCAGCAGUAAAACACAGAUGGAGGGGGGUUUGGGGGGCGGGUACCCUCAGAGUGGCCCAGCGGGGUUUAAGCUAGAGGCAAUGAUGGAGCAGCUUCAGCGCCAACAGCAGGCACGUUUGGACAUGGAGCGGAAGGAGCAGAUGUUGCAUGAAGCUCACAUCAUGUAUGCGCAGCAGGUUGCGGCUCAGCAGGCCAUUCUGGCUGCCGCCCGAGCUUCUGGGGCUGGCUUCAUGGGCAAGGGCCUUGGCACAGGGACUGCGGGGCCCCCUGGGGUCGAGCAGCUCUCUCGAGUGUCUAAUCAGUACAGUGUGGACUCAGAACGAGAGGAUGAGGAGGAACGGGGCCGAGACUCGGGUGAGGAGGAUGAUGACGAUGAGAUGAUGGAGGGAGAUGAAGGCAGCGAAGAAUAUGACAGGGCGGCCAGUGGACUGGAGUUUCUCAGAAAGCAGACGCUGGCACUGCAGCAGGGAGCCACCCGGAUUCCUACACGUCCGUUUGGGAACUUUGGAGACUCGCCAGCUCCAGCAGGUGCCCAGAGAGCUCCAUCACCCCCUCUCAGGGUGAAACAGGAGCCCGAUGAUGAUCUCUCACCUGCGGAGCGGCCAUCAGCGUCUUCUCCUAACGGCCAAGCAGACUGGAGCUUUGACGAACAUUUUAAACAGAAUGGCAGUGUGUCCUGGCCGGAAGAUGUGGAUAACGCACGCAGGAGGGGUGAAGCCUCAAGAGAAUUCACCAAGUUAUAUGAGUUGGAUAAUGACCCGAACAGGAAGGAGUUUCUUGAUGAUCUUUUCACCUUCAUGCAGAAAAGAGGGACUCCAGUGAACAGAAUUCCCAUCAUGGCGAAGAAGGUGUUGGAUCUGUACAUGCUCUAUAAGCUAGUGACAGAGAAGGGUGGACUAGUGGAGGUCAUUAACAAGAAGAUCUGGAGAGAGAUCACCAAGGGUCUCCACCUGCCCACCUCCAUCACCAGUGCUGCCUUCACGCUACGCACACAGUAUAUGAAGUAUCUGUACCCAUACGAGUGUGAGCGGAAGGCUUUGAGUUCUCCUAGCGAACUACAGGCGGCCAUUGACGGUAACCGUCGUGAGGGGCGUCGACCCAGUUACAGUAACAGCCUGUUCCACUUUAGUCCCUCCCCCAGCUCCGCCCCUCACAUCCUUUCCCCUCCCAAGAUGCAUCUGUCUGCGCUGGGACCUGGUGCCGUGGGGGUCCUGAACGGACUCCAGGCAUCACCAAGGCCGUCUCUGAAAAAGGGACUUGAGGACGCUGUCCCCUCUCUGUUGUCCGGGCGUUCUCCAGUCAUGGCGCUAGCAUUGGGCCAGCAUCAGGUGGCAGGUUUGGCACGAGCAGCUACACUGGAGCAGCUAAGAGAGAAACUGGAGACGGAAGCUCCUGAGAGGAAGAUCGCUCGACUAGCAGAAGAGCAGCAGAAACUGAUGCAGCAGGCCUUCCAACACAACCUGCUCACCAUGACAUCACACAUACCCAUGAACCUGCGGCUUGCAGCGCCACCCAGAGAUGAGAAACAUGAUCUGUCGAUGAGUAUUUCCUCCACUGGAGUGGCGAGUAUAAGUGUAUCAGUGGAAGUGAAUGGCAUUAUUUACUCAGGAACUCUGUUUGCCCAGAAGUCUGCAGCUGCAGGUGUGAAUGUGUCUGCUGCAACUACUGCAUCUUCAGCUGGACCCAGUGGGGUGUUUACCUUCCCUGGCUCCGCCCCCAGCCAAAGCCCCAGCUCCUCUUCCUCCUCCAAGGGGCCAAGUUCAGCGGAACCGUCCACCAGCGGCUCGCCGUAGCUCGAGUGCAUUCAUGCUUCGCAGCCCAGCGCUGUGCUGAAUACAUCAGUCAUUGAUCAAACUGUUGCACAACCAGUACCUCAUUUUGUACUGUCCACUUUGGCUGUCCACAUAUUUUUAAACAUAUUUGCGUUUUUCGCACAUGUACAUGUACACACACACACACACACACUUACAUGAAUGCAUACACUAACGUUUGCAGCUCGCUGGGUCUCAUUCUUGAAAUUCAAGCAGGACAAAUUUCUUUGUAAAACCAUUCUUGCAUAAAUUUUCACAUUCAAUUCAAUGCAAAAAAAAUUGAAAGAAUGGAUCCAUGUAUAGCAAUUUGUUCUGCUCAUGUUUCACAAAUGUGGAUCGGUGUUCGAGAAAAUGCUAAAAACAAUCAGACCGUUCAGCCAAACAACUGACAGGCUUAAAAAAACUUGAAGAUUUUUAUUUAGGAAAAAUGUGUGUGUUGCGAUCUUUCGUUUUCUGAUGUUGUUUUAUUAGUUUUUUUAAAUGAUAUUUUUCACUCAAGGUUCCUCAUAUUACAUACCUCAAAAUUAUCUCUCUGCAGUUGUUGAUUAUUACAGGAUUGUCUUUUACCUCAGGAGCUGUAGUUGAUACUUUUUCUUGAUGAAUUUCCUUUUUUUUUUUUUACAAUCUAUUUGAAUUUAUCAGAAUCAGGAAUUUUAAGAAUGGCACCUCCAUUGUUCUCUUCUAUGCAUUUGUCUCCCUGCAUCGGUCUGUGGUCUCGCACCUCACCAUGGGCCCCUACAGCCCCUCCAUCUAGGCGGCACUUCGGGGUGUGAUUGUUAGUAAGGGGAAUUCUAGAAGUCUCAUAAGGGUCAUGAAAUGAUCUGCUUUUCCGUGACUUCAGCCCCUGAUCACAGAACCACUCAGCCCAGAAAACAUCAGAACAACUGUCAGUUACCUCAAACAAACAAACAAACAAACAAACAGAAUGGUUGAUGUCAGUCAGAUGUCACACCUUUCACAAAACCUGUCAAGAACAUGAGACUCAUAUUUCACACAAAAUUAAAAUAAUAAAAUAGCAUACCAUAUUUUUUUUAAGAAAAUUAAGACUGUUUUGAAGUCCAUUAAAAUUUUACAUUGUAGCAUUACUUUCAUGGCUAUUAAGCACAUUUUUCUCCCAAACUUAUUACCGUAAUGCAUCUGGACAUCUUAAUUUUUUUUAUUUAUUUUUUUACUCUGCAUUUGCUUUGUAUUACAGUCAGCAUAAAUUAAAGGCAGGAAAUACUACCAUGAUGUAUAAAUACUUCACAAUGUAAAUCAUAGCUCUUUUUUCUUUUCAAAGUUUAUGUUAAUGAGAACUGUGAGUGAAAAUGCUUAAUUUUCAAUAGGCAGUACUUUGUACACACACACACACACAUAUAUACAUACAUACGUGUAUAUACUGUAAAUGUGUAUAUAUACAUACACAUAUAUACAGUAUACUCUGUGUGUGUGUGUAUGUGUGCAAAGUACUGCCUAUUGAAAAUUAAGCAUUUUCACAUAUAGUUAUAUGUGUGUGUGUGUGUGUGUGUGUGUAUAUAUAUAUAUAUAUAUAUAUAUAUAUAUAUAUAUAUAUUAGAUAAUCGCAUGAAUAAGUAGGUGUAAAGGUGUACCUAAUUAGUAGUCACUGAGUGUAUACAUGUUUACACACACAUGUAUAAAUAAACUGUAUAUCUAUCUAUCUGUGUAUCUACAGUAGAAGUCAGAAGUUUACAUACACUUAGGUUGAAGUCAUUAAAACUCAUUAACCACUCCACAGAAUUCAUAUUAGCAAACUAUAGUUUUGGCAAUCUUCUUUGUGCAUGACAUGAGUAAUUUUUCCAACAAUUGUUUACAGACAGAUUGUUUCACUUUUAAUUGAAUAUAUCACAAUUCCAGUGGGUCAGAAGUUUACAUACACUAAGUUAACUGUGCCUUUAAGCAGCUUGGAAAAUUCCAGAAAAUGAUGUCAAGCCUUUAGACAAUUAGCCUCUGAUAGGGGGUGUAUUGAAUUAGAGGUGUACCUGUGGAUGUAUUUUAAGGCAUACCUUCAAACUCAGUGCCUCUUUGCUUGACAUCAUGGGAAAAUCAAAAGAAAAGACCUCAGAAAACAAAUUGUGGACCUCCACAAGUCUGGUUCAUCCUUGGGAGCAAUUUUCAAACCCCUGAAGGUACCACGUUCAUCUGUUCAAACAAUAGUACGCAAGUAUAAACACCAUGGGACCACGCAGCCAUCAUACCGCUCAGGAAGGAGACGCAUUCUGUCUGUCUCCUAGAGAUGAAAAAGUGCAAAUCAAUCGCAGAACAACAGCAAAGGACCUUUUGUAGAUGCUAGAGGAAACAGGUUGACAAGUAUCUAUAUCCACAGUAAAACAAGUCCUAUAUCGACAUAACCUGAAAGGCUGCUCAGCAAGGAAGAAGCCACUGCUCCAAAACUGCCAUAAAAAAGCUAGACUACAGUUUGCAAGUGCACAUGGGGACAAAGAUCUUACUUUUUGGAGAAAUGUCCUCUGGUCUGAUGAAACCAAAAUUUAACUGUUUGGCCAUCAUUAUGUUUGGAGGAAAAAGGGUGAGGCUUGCAAGCCGAAGAACACCAUCCCAAGUGAAGCAUGGUGGUGGCAGCAUCAUGUUGUAGGGGUGCUUUGCUGCAGGAGGGACUGGUACAUUUCACAAAAUAGAUGGCAUCAUGAGGAAGGAAAAUUAUGUGAAUACAUUGAAGCAACAUCUCAAGACAUCAGCCAGGAAGUUAAAGCUCAUCACAAAUGGGUCUUCCAAAUGGACAAUGACCCCAAGCAUACCUCCAAUGGCUUAAGGACAACAAAGUCAAGGCAUUGGAGUGUGGGCCAAAAUUCCAGCAACUUAUUGUGAGACGCUUGUGGAGGGCUACCCAAAGUGUUUGACCCAAGUUAAACAAUUUAAAGGCAAUGCUACCAAAUACUAACAAAAUGUUUGUAAACUUCUGACCCACUGGGAAUGUUAUGAAAGAAAUAAAAGCUGAAAUAAAUAAUUCUCUCUACUAUUAUUCUGACAUUUCACAUUCUUAAAAUAAAGUACUGAUCCAAACUGACCUAAGACAGGAAAUGUUUUCUGCGAUUAAAUGUCAGAAAUUGUGAAAAACUGAGUUGAAUUUGUAUUUGACCAAGGUGUAUGUAAACUUCUGACUUCAACUCUAUCUAUCUAUCUAUCUAUAUAUAAUGCGUGUGUGUGUGUGUUAGUUUAUUUUUAUUUUGUGGUGAAAUACGACUGCUUUCAUGCUUUUAAUAUGACAGGUUUUGUGAGAUUUACCCAAAUGUUUGCUCAAACAUUCUCAGUCCAACCAUUCAAACCAUUCCACAACCAAAAUUUAACCUCAUAUAGCCAAAACGAACCUCAUAAUACACAGACUUCAGAUACUCCUGUGAUGUUCUGUAAUGUAUAGAGACCAGUCGAAUGAAUGUGAGGUCCAUACAAGUCCAGUAAACUUGAAGUGGUUUUAGUGAAACCACAUGUGAGGUCUAGACUGGAUCUCUAUAUCACAUUAUCAUUACUGGACUCUCGAGUGAUCGGGAGUUUUAAAACCUCUUAUUCAGUUUAUUUUAUAUAAGGGAGAGGGAAUCCACAUUGACUGUUCAUUCAUGGCAUGAAUUUUGUUUUCAGUCACAUUUUUGUUUUUUGUAACGGGAAUGCGUCUUUCUCAGGUAGUACUGUGAUGUUUUGAAUGGAACUUGCAUUAUUUUUAAGAUGAUAUAUGAUGAUAAUCACUCAAGAAUGCACAAAACAUGGACAAGACUGUUGUUAUGAAGUAUACCUCAAACUCCGUGGAAAUCUACACUACAUACCUCAUGCUGCCAUGUCUAGAGGAUGUACAGUAAACGUGCUCCCCAGGAACGCUCCGAACGUUUUUGCAAUUAUUGCGCAGAACCAGGAAUGCUGGCCAUGCUCGGCUGAGGAGUUUCCUCAACUCAAGCUGAAGAGGAAAGGGCCUGCUUAUGUUCUUGCUCUGUCUUUUUUUAUUUUACUGUUCAUAUUUACGCAACUUCUCAUGGGAUAACAAUCAACUAUGAUGUGUUUGCAUUUGUACAAUCAGGUGGCCAAAUUAGCUCACCGUAUCCAAACUAAACUAAAACUGCCUUCAGUUCUUGUACAGCUAAAUACCAAAGACCAGCUGCUCCUUACUGCAUAUAUCAGCCGCUCAGGCUUCACAGGUCAAAGGUCACUCUCUGAAUGCUUUUUACAGUAUGCGAUUACUGAUGCUGCAACUAACUUCUGACUGAAUAUUUGUGACUGCUGCGGCACCCAUACGCUCUGUAUGGGAGAUGUAUCAGUUGGGUCUGUAUGUUGUGAAGUAAACGGUCAGGUGACCAGAUGCAUAAACCACACACAAUUCAUACUUGCCUGCAUUUAUGUGUCUUUCUGGUUUGAAUGACAUUUCGAAGGUUUUUGAAUCUGGUGAUAUUGAAGGUGAGAAGAUAAUCAGUGAUAUUGUUUUUUCCUUGUACUCAGGAAAUUGAUUUUUAUUAAUCAGUUCACAUUGUUGAGGAUUGAGCUUCCAGAAGCUUCACACUGUUUUCUGCAACUCUUCUGUUUGUAUUGGAUUAAAAAACACAUUGUGCAAA